AUGGAUGUCUCAAAGCUGGAAAACAUUGUACGAAGCUACGGUAUCGCCAUUGACAGACACACCCUUCAGGCGGCCCUCGAUGACCCAGAGCACGGAACUGCCUUUACCGAAUGGGCCCGCCUUCACCUUGGCCCCGAGAAUCUGCUGUCCAGAGAUGAACUAGCCUUGUAUACAGCCCUGGACAGAUCCGGUCAGAUCGACAAGUUGGUUGAGUCGCAGGAUUUAGCUGCUGUUCAAGCUGUAAGCGAACGCGAGAUACAGACUGCCAUUGAGGAGCUCAACCGGUCGACUGCUGCCAUUGUCAAGCAGACCGAGACCUUGAAGCAGCAGCAGGAUGCCCUGUCGAAGCUGGUCAAGACCCAUUCCAGGGUCGAGGAGGCUCGCUCCGAUCUCGUCUUCCAACGAAACCAGAAGCAUGAUGCUGAGGCUAGGAAGAUGAUGACCACGGUCGAGGAGCUGUCUCAGAGUCUAGAGUACAAGGCGUCGGACCUCGAACAGCAAACCAAGGUUUCUGGCAACGGCCUCCAGCAGACUUUAGAUAGCUUGCUUCACUCCGAUGACAAGCUUCUUUCGAGUCUUCGCAAGCUGGGGCUUGAACUCGAGACUGAGGAUCCCGAAGACCGUGAAAACGUAGAAAAGCUUCGCGAAAUCUGCAUGAGAUUGAUCAAAUACACCGUCGAAACGGUACGCACAAAGCUGGAUAGACUCUACCUCGAAGCACUUAGCUCCGCCCAUCAGAACGGCGUGACAUCACACCCUUCAGACGACGUCAAAACCUCCCAGGAGGAACUAGAGUCUCUCUACGCAGAGAUCCUUCCCGUAGCUCAGAUGUCGGUGGAGCAGCAACACCUCGAGCCGGCUCUGAAGUCGCUAUCGAGCAAGAACGGACAGUCUCUGCGCCGCUCCGCCGCUGCAGUCAUCUACAUCGACGAGUGCCUAGAUUACCUCCUCGACCACAUGGACCGUCUCUCCACCCGCAUAGAAGCCUACCAAUCCCACAAAACAGCAACAUCAAGCCUCCUCACCACGGCCCGCGCAGAACUCUCCACUCCAGCCGCGACGCCAAAGAAGAAGACGCCGAUGCAGGACCUCGUCUCCCCCGUCCGCCGCCGCAACAACACAAACCCCGGAAGAUCACCCACCCGCGACGCCGCCAGCAACCGUCGCCGCCGCUCCUCGGCCUUUGACGAACCACCCCUCGAAACCCUCCUUCGCUCCCUCGCCAUCGCCUUCCCCGAAGACGUGACCGACGGCGCGGGCCAAACGGCCGUGUUAGCCGCUACCUUGGCCGAGCGGCAGACGAAAGCCCGCGAUGUGGCAAGGAAUGCACAGGAGACGCUGGAGGGUACCGCCGCGACGCAGCUUGCGGAUUCGAAGCUCGCGAUCCAGUUGUUGCGGGAUAGUCUGCUGGCCGAGAGUCCGUUUGGGCAUGUGAGGCUUGUGGAUGAGGGGAUUGAGGCGUCUAUCGCCGUUUUGGGACAGGAGGUUGAGAAGUUGAAGGAGAGGGUUGAAAAGGUUGAUGCUGGCAAGGCGAGGUUGAGGAGCGAGAGGAAGAGGGAGAUUUUGGAGCGAUGGGGGCGGUAG